GCGAUUACGACUUUGGGAGACGCGUACCGCCGCGGUCUGAUGGGGGUGGUGAAAUCCGAUAAGAAAGCUGCGAAGAUUUACCGGCGCGCCGUGGAGCUCGGGGACGUGAUGGCGAUGAAUAACCUUGGGUCAUUGUACGAGAAUGGGAGUGGCAUCAAACUGGACAAGAAGAAGGCGGAGCGGCUGUAUCGUGCGGCCGCAGAUCGGGGCGAAGCCUUCGCGCAAUUCAAUUUAGCGAUGUUACUUGAUGCUGAGAAGAGAUUUGAAGAAGCGUUCCGGUACUACGCGCUCGCGGCGGAUCAAGGCCGUACCGCUGGAGAGUUCAACCUUGGCUGCUGUUACAGGGACGGAGAAGGCACGGAAUUCGACCCCGGCAAAGCCAGAUACUGGUUCGAGCGCGCCGCUGCCAAGGGCGACGGGGAUGCU